AUGCUUGCUCUCACCAAGCUUGCCGCGAUCUUGGCGGUACUCCCGGCUAUUGCUUUUGCCGCUCCUGCUUCGAACCUUGGUGCGCGCGAUGAGGUUGACGAAGGCACCUCGUCUGUUAAUAUCGUCGGCGGUGAGGCUGCCAGCGCUGGAGAUUUCCCCUUUAUUGUCUCUCUAUCCCAAGAUGGCUAUCACCUCUGCGGCGGUUCCCUACUUGACGAAAAUACCGUGAUUACUGCUGGUCACUGCUCUUAUGGCCGGACUCCCUCACGUAUGAAGGUCCGUGCCGGCUCCCUGAACUGGGCCUCUGGCGGUGUCCAGGUCGGCGUCUCUCGGAUCGUGGUCCAUGAGAAGUACGAGAUUCCCAACUUCGCUAAUAACGAUAUCGGUCUCUGGCGCCUUUCCGCUCCUAUCCGGAACAGCUCUACGAUUAGCUACGUUAAACUCCCUACUCAGGGCUUUGAUCCCGCUGGCGGCUUACCCGCCGUCACUGCCGGAUGGGGUAUCACCGACGAAUAUGCUGGCGAACUCCCUGAGUCUCUGCUCAAGGUCUCCGUUCCCAUCGUCAGCCGGGCCACCUGCCAGGCCGCGUAUUUAGACCAGUCUAUUACUACCGAUUUUGUUUGCGCCGGCUUCGCUGCCGGGGGUAAAGAUGCUUGCUCAGGCGACUCUGGCGGCCCUAUCGUCGACGCCGCCUCCAAGACUCUCAUCGGCCUUACGUCCUGGGGUUACGGGUGCGCUCGCCCAAAUGCCUAUGGUGUCUACACUAACGUCGGCCUGUUCGUCAACUGGAUCAACACCCAUAAGUAA